CUCACACACAAGUGUCCCUCUCCGCCAAUUCCUGGCAGCAGGACAUCCAGCUCCAGUUGUGUUUGCUUCAUCUCAGAGGCCUUUUGGACGUUUGUAGGACUUGUACUAUCCAAGGGGAUUUUUGCAGCAUGGAGACCCCCACUGCGGAAUACAACGAUAACUACGAGUAUUAUGACGACAAUGAGACAGUGUGUGACUUCUCAGAGUGGGAACCCUCCUAUUCCCUCAUCCCUGUCCUCUACAUGCUCAUCUUCAUCCUGGGCCUGUCGGGAAACGGUGUGGUCAUCUUUACUGUCUGGAGGUCCAAAUCCAAACGUCGAGCGGCGGAUGUCUACAUCGGUAACCUGGCGCUGGCUGACCUCACCUUUGUGGUGACCCUUCCUCUGUGGGCCGUGUACACAGCUCUCGGCUACCACUGGCCCUUCGGUGUGGCUCUGUGCAAGAUCAGCAGCUACGUGGUUUUGGUCAACAUGUACGCUAGUGUCUUCUGCCUCACCUGCCUCAGCUUUGACCGCUACCUGGCAAUCGUGCACUCUCUGUCCAGCAGCAGGCUGAGGUCAAGGGGCACCAUGCUGGCCUCACUGGGCGCAAUAUGGCUGCUGUCAGGCCUGCUGGCUGUGCCCACGCUGCUCUUCCGCACCACAGUGAACGACCAGAACAGCAACCGGACCACUUGUGCUAUGGACUUCAGCCUGGUGACCAUCAACCAGAGGCACGAGUACCUCUGGAUCGCGGGACUCAGUCUGUCCUCCUCGGCUCUGGGCUUUCUCCUUCCCUUCCUGGCCAUGACCAUCUUCUACUGUUUCAUUGGCUGCACCGUCACACGCCAUUUCAACAACCUACGCAAGGAGGACCAAAAGAAGAAAAGGCUGCUGAAGAUUAUCACCACACUGGUGGUGGUGUUCGCCAUCUGCUGGACGCCCUUCCAUGUCUUGAAGAGCAUGGACGCUCUCUCCUACCUGAACAUGGCACCCAACUCCUGCGGCUUCCUGCGCUUCCUGCUGCUCGCUCACCCGUACGCCACCUGCUUGGCCUACGUCAACAGCUGCCUCAACCCGUUCUUGUACGCCUUCUUCGACCUGCGCUUCCGCUCGCAGUGCCUGUGCCUGCUCAACCUGAAGAAGGCGAUGCACGGCCACAUGAGCUCCAUGUCAUCCACGCUGAGCGCCCAGACUCAGAAGUCGGAGAUUCAGUCUCUGGCCACCAAGGUGUAGAGAAGAAGACCAAAGGUGGUCAGACCCAGCUCCACUGGGACACUUGUAGGAAACAAAUACAGACUUUACGUGUCCCUGGUCCAACGCUGGUAAGACAAGAAGAUGAACUUUGACUUGCUUCCACUCGUGGACUUGGAAGGCUGGAGUCAGCUGGCUGAGCUCCUUCGCUGCGCUCGUCCUUGAAAGAGGAUAGUCAUGAACUUUUUGAUGUUUGAAUCGUUCAAAAAAAAUAUAACACUGGAUGAAAUUGAAAAGGUGUACAGUAUUUUCAUACGAUAGCAUUUCUCCAGAUGUCUUACUCUUUUGUUUUGGAAGCACUUGUUCUCAAUUAAAAGUCCCGAAAAAGAAGUAAGAGGAGCAAAAGUGUUGCAGGUUAAUGAUCUAGUUUUUACAGGGGGGGGUGCAGUGCGACAGAUGGUAGUUGACAAAUGUUGUU